AUGACUAAAUAGCUCAGAUCAAUUAAAAGAAUUUAAAAAUCUAUUAAUUGGUCCAAAUAUAUGGAUUAUUUGACCAGUCUCAAAUACUUUUUGGAAUCUAUUUUAUUCGUCUCACUAUUAAUUUUAUAUGCAAUUAUUGAAAUUAGUGAGUUAGACUUUUUCACAAAUUCUUAAUUACUUUUAAACUAGAGCUUAAAUAUGGCAAUCUAAAAGUCCUACAUAUCUCCAAUUACUAACUUAUCCUAAAUUAUUUCCCUAUCAAUCCCUAAUGGAUCAGUUCAUGGUUUGAGUCCUACCUAUCCUCUUCAGUCCGGCCUACUUAUUCAAACUCUUGUUGGUAUAGUAAAUAUUUAAUGAUAAUUAGGAUAACAUCAAUAAUUGCGAUAUUCUGAAUGAAAAUCAAAAGCAAAUGUAUUUGGGUAAAAAUUAAUCCUGCUUGUUGUUUGACAUAUACUUCUUACAUUAAGUAUUCUAUCAGAAGAUAUAUAUGUAUUUUAUUUUUCAAAAGCAUUGAACAGCUUAUAUAAACAAAUGAUCGAUAAAUUUAAUUAUUAUACUAAUAACAAAUUAAUGUAAAAGAAUCUAAAAGUGUUAUUAUUUUAUCAUUCUACCUUAGUUAAAAAUCCUCUGUGAUGGCAACAUAACAUAAACCAGCUAAUUAAAUCAAAGUUACACUAAAUUAAAUUUUGACCCUAAAGUCUAUAACGAAUAGUUCGGAGGUUAUGUUUGGGAAUUUAAUUUAAGCUCAAGAGAAUCCUUUUAAGAAAGUUAUGAUUAAAUGGUUUCAGAAGAAUGGUUGUAAUAUAAUAUCAAACAAUCCCAAUUCUUGUUGAAUUAUUAUAAUGGUCCUACUUAGAGAAUUAUAUAGGUAAGUAUCACUACGCUUUAUUUAUUCAACGACGUAAAUAUUUUGAUGAUAUUUAGCGUCUCUUGAAUUAUAAUAGCUUUUCAGCGGAAGGUUUUAAUUUAAAAGAUAUACCAGAACAAGUUCUAAUAAACAAAGACAUUAUAUUUUAUUGUUCGAUUGUCCUAUUGAUUUCCUCCUUUUUUGGUAGACAACUAAUUAAAAUUAUAUAGAUUUCUUUGGCUUAUACUUUGUAGGGACUAAAAAUAAUUUGAUUGUGAUCUACCUGUAAUACUAAGAAUUACUGAACAGGAAGAAAAAAUUGGAGGCUAAAAAAAGGUAGAUAAGCGAAAGUGAUUAAAAAGAUCUAUAGUAGAAACAAUUGAUAGUAGGAGAAUAUGCAAUAAUAAAUUUAAAGGUGAUUUAUGUUACAAUUAGAAUUCCCUUAGUUUUUGAUUAUAUUUGUAAUGAAAUUGUUAGUAUUUUAGAUAUCUUAUGUCAAUUUGGAAUGGUUAUGAAGAACACAAUAGACAAUUAGUAUGAGGAAGCAUUAUAAGAAAUAGAUUUGAAAUCAGAUUAAUAUUAGGAUGCAAAUGCCUUGAUAGUGCCACUGUUUUUGAGUAGAAUAUUUUCAGCUGUUUUGGUGUUAUUUUUGAUGAUUUCGAUAGUGAGGUUUAUGGGGAAUUGGAGUCCAUAUUUAAAAUGCUAUGGAUUGGUCAUGAUAAGAGUAAUGCUAAUUCUAGUUUGCAUAGUUCAACAGAGAGUCUUGGUUCUUGAUGCUUGUUUUGGUAUUCAUAAUCAGUGUUUGUGCAAUGUCAUGGAUCGUAACCAUUCAAGGCAAACUAAUAAGCCAUGACAAUUUCAUUUAUACCUUUUUGGGAUUGCUUAGAUGUACCUUGCGAUUUGGAUUGGAUAAUGAUAUUGAACAAUAAGGGUUCUAUAAUACAUAUGCUAAAGAUUAAAUCUAUUCUUUUGAGACUAAAUAUGUAAAAAGAUUCGUUUAGAAUAUUAGUUACAAUACAUAAUAAUAAUCACAAUCACAAUGAUAAUGAUUCCAAUAUUUAUUUCUCUAAUGACUGAUUUAGUUCAAAAUACAAAAGUGGAAGCAAAAUAGAAGAUGAUGGAGAUGAGAAGGCAAAAUUAAAAAUGA